AUGUCACAAAGAAAACGAUACUCAUUGAACGUCGUCACGUCCCCGUCGAUACCGUCGCCGACGCCCAGUGCACCGCUACGGACUAGUGAAUCCAAUUGGGAAGCUGCGUCGACAGCAGGUGUUGCAUCUUCAUUCCUCCCGAAUUCUCAUCACGGUGGUACGGUUUUGAAUCCUGGGUUGGGCAUAAUGAGAUCUCCCUCGCUGAACAAGUCUGGUGCGUUUGGCCGGUCCGGCAGCAGUGGUUCCAGUGCGGUGAUAGAACCGUCCAACAUAAAGUUGCUGCUAAUUGGAGAUGCAAAUGUAGGAAAAACAGCUAUGAUUCUAAGCUAUUGUCAUGAAUUGAUGACACGAGCGGAAAUGUCGCGGUCGGUGCGACUGAGGCACCAACAGCAACAGCAACAUAGAGACUUGAGGUUGAAGAAAACUGUGGUGAAUCAUAGGUUAAGCAUGAAAGAGAAAAGGAAACGGUACAGCUCUAACGAUUUUGAAAAGGAGUUUAAAGAUAUUAGUCAUUUUACAGACAAAACCAGCGAUUUCGGAAACCCGAACAUCAGUGAUGAUAACAGCCACGAAAUGGUGGAUCCCAAUGAGAUUGUCAUUGAAACCAGAAGCACUAUCGGGAUAGACAUCAAGACGAACUUGGUCAACAUAGAUAACCGGUUUUUUAAUGUUAUACUCUGGGACACUGCGGGGCAAGAACGGUAUCAAAACGCAAUCAUUCCAUCACUAUAUAAGAAGACAAAUGCGGUGAUAUUGACUUACGAUAUAACAAACGCGAAGUCCUUUCAAAACUGCAUGGAGCGGUGGGCAGUACAGGCCUUGGAGAACUUUUCUUCCCAGGAUUUGUCCAAGGCAAGAUUCUUUCUGGUAGGUAACAAGAUCGACCUUUAUAAGGAAAGGCAAGUAACUCAUUAUGACGUUAUGCAGAUGGUUCAGGAAAUGCAGCUGAAACAUGGUAUCAAAAUAUCGGGAAACUUCGAAGUAAGUUGUAAAUGGGUCAAUGUGGUGGAAAGGACAAUGAAUAUGGUAAUAUUAGACCUGGUUGAGAACGGAUGUUUCGAAAACAAUGAUCCCUGUGUACCGAUCACGGCAUCUGACGAGUUCCAGGGACAGGAACAAGAAUUCCAUGAUACAGUAGAAGAACCCUUUAAUAUUACUCGGCAACGUCAGCAACAAUUUGAGAAAAAUAACACGGUGGAUAUUACAAAACCUAACGACGACAUUACGAAUAACCAAUCGAUUUGUUGCGUUUAG